CUUUUUCUUUGCAAUGUCAUUUCAGUAUCCCUUAAUUCUCGACGGCGGUUUUGCAACAGAACUUGAAAGAACGUUUAACAAAGACUUGUCAGGUAAACUGUGGUCAGCCAAGUGUUUAGAGGAUGACCCAGAUGCAGUUAAAUCUGUUCAUAAAGCAUAUUAUGAAGCUGGGUCAAAUAUUGCUACAACUUGCAGCUAUCAAGCAUCGAUUGAAGGGUUCUCUCAGGCGGGCUAUACUCGUGAUCAUGCAAUCGAGCUAAUGCAUAAAAGCAUAUCUUUAGCUUGUGAAGCUAGAAAAGAAUUUAUUCAGGAACAUCCUGAAAAUACGAGCCCAAAGUUAGUUGCCUUAUCUAUAGGUUGCUAUGGAGCCAUACUCGCGAAUGGUGCCGAGUAUACAGGCAACUAUGGAGAUACAAGCGUGGAUCAACUGGUUCAAUUUCACAAAGAACGUCUGUCUGUGUUCCUUCAAUCCAAGGAAAGUAAAGUGGAUUUUAUUUUGUUUGAAACCAUACCUUCGGCAUUAGAAGCCCGUGCUAUUGCAAGCAUAGUGUCCGAUUUUGAUUCAUUGCCACCUGUGGCGGUUUCUUUCCAAUGCCGAUCUGAUCAUGACAUUGCUGAUGGUACACCGCUUCAAGAUGUACUUGCGCUGUUUGAUACAAUCGAUCAUGUGUUUGCUACAGGAAUCAACUGCACGAAACCACAGUUUAUUGAGUCACUUAUUGACAUCAUCGUAAAGCAUAACAAGGCACAAAAUAGUCAAAAGGUGCUCUUGCUUUACCCAGACGGUGGAGAAGUGUGGGACGCUGUAGCCAGAACGUGGGAUGCCUCCUGCAAACUACCUGAGGAUAAAUUUGGCUAUUUAAUGGCAAAAUGUGUGGAAGAAUAUGGUCCACGUGUGAUUGUAGGCGGAUGUUGUGGAACUGGUUUUACUCACAUCAGAAAUUUAAAGUCGCACUUACAUAAAUAAAUUCAACACUUGUUGAUACAAACAAAUUGGAAACAAUGAAAAGGAUGGCAGUUCUUCACAUUAUUGAUCAUAUUACCAAACUAGGACUUUUUAAGUCAAUCCAAGGGGGUUGUCACACGCAAAAGAAAUAAGAAGGUGUUGAUGUCAUAUCUAGGGCAAACGAUCAUUUCUAUGCCUGGUAGUCGUUUCAGCCAAGAUCAACAUUGCUCCUUUUUUUUUUUUUGAAAAGGUUAAUGUAUUUUAAUAUCAACUUGCUAAUGUUGAGCUAUUUUUUCAUGUAAAUCAACGGCAAAAAGCAUGACAUAAAGAGUUAAAAAAAAAGGCACAG